UGGCCAUCUCCAUAGUAUUAAUCAACCGUGACUUGAUCUCUUUCCAGCUCAAACAAGGAAACCAUCGUGCAUACUGUCCGAACAUUGCCUCUAUACCCGAGACCUAGCCUGCAUUGUCACUGUCUCGGACGACUUCACCCUGGGACAAUUCAGUUCAGUUCAGUCCAGACUGCCACCCAAAAUGGCCAGUCUUGACGAGGAUAAGCAGGUUGAACUGUCCAAGACAUUCCGUGAAUACCUGCCGGACCUCAACACACCGCGGUUCCAGACCAUAGCUCAAUGCAAUGCCUAUAGCCAUGCCGCCGAACUGCUCGAGCACCACCGCCCUCCAUGGUUGUAUGGACUUGUCUCGCUCUGGUUCGACUUGCUUAAGGAGCCAUACCGAGGAGUCACAACCGACGGUAGCCCUCGCAAAGACUUGUUCAAGCUGCGCGACGAAGGCGUCCCCGUCGCGGACAUUGUCAAGACUACCGAAAGCGUUAUUGGCAAGCUCGACGCCAGGCAAAAAAAGAAGACGCUCCUACACGUCGACAGCGAGAAAUGGCGGACAUGGUCGAAUCCCGAAUUUCUUCUGUCUGACAAGGGCGUGCGGCUCGACGAGAUCUCGUCCGACCUCCGCGACUCCGUUCUGAAGGUUCUGGAGGUCACAUUGAGCCCUGAGGGCUACGAGAAGGCGCUGGGCGCCAUGCGCGUAAACCACUUCCUGGGAGAGCUGGUGAAAGCGCCCAAGGUGAUGAACGAGUACUCCUACAAUUUCUGCGUCUUCGGUGUCCCCUCCGUUGAUGCGCCGUGGGGCUACAGUUUCUACGGCCACCACUUGUGUCUGUCCGUCUUCUUCUACGGGCCCCAGAUCGUCAUUAGCCCGUGGUUCACGGGCGCUGAGCCGAACAUAAUUGACGAUGGGCCUUACAAGGGCACGCGGAUCUUACACGAGGAGGACAAACUUGGCUUGCAGCUUAUGCAAAGCUUGAGCCCGGACCUGCAAAAGCAGGCUCAGACAUACGAGAAAAUGAAGGACGACAAGAUGCCCAAGGGCCGUUGGAACCACGACGACCAGCGCCAUCUGUUGGGAGCGUACAGAGACAACCGCGUGGUGCCAUACGAGGGCAUCGUGGUGGGCGACUUCUCCAAGGAGCAGCAGGACCUGGUCCUCGGCAUCCUCGAGCAGUACCUCCUGUACCUCCCCGCCCAGUCGAGGAAGCUCAAACUCCAGGACUGCAAGGACUGGUUCCACGAGACGUACUUCUCGUGGAUUGGAGGAUACGAGGACAAGGACUCGUUCUACUUCCGCAUCCAGAGUCCGGUCAUUGUAGUCGAGUUUGACCACCAUAGCGGCGUAUUCCUCUCCAACACGGAACCGCAGAGAUUUCACAUACACACACUUUUGCGCACACCGAACAAGGGAGAUUACGGUAUGGCGCUCAGGGAGCUGAGGAGAGAUGGUGCGGAUCAGCUUAAGGGCGAGGUCAACCAAAACUGGGUCUUCGAGGACAAAUUGUGAUAUAGUGACAAUAGAAUCGCGAAGAUGUGCUGUAUAUAUGUUUCAAAAAAAAUUCAUUGAUACUCAAAUGCGAU